UGCUGCCUUCGUCGAGACUACUCCGGCAGUGCGCAUGCUCUUCAACCUAGCGCUCGGGCAAAUCCCCGAUGUUCCCCCGUACGAUCAAGACCCGACUGGGAAGAGUGAGAAUACGGACUGUGGCCGAACUGAUGCUGAUCAGGGUUCACGAGGCCAGGCAACAAGGGGGUUGUUUACACCCUUACCUAAAAUAAUCUAGUGUACUUUUUUCUUUUUUUCUUGGCCUACCCACCUCGUAUAAGGUGGGUAGCCCGCCCCCCCUCACAUCAGAGGGAGG